AUGUCUGCUCGACCAACGACGCCGAUGUCCCCAAAGACCGCCAAGGUCAAAUCGCCCCUCCCUGGCACACCAGUCUUUGGCUGCGAACACAUCCAGCGGCUGUUCACCCAGUCCACAGAGGGUAUUACCCAAUGUGUCCACCACUACAAGAUGAUCCUCAAGAACAUCUUUGAGCAGACGCCUGUUGUGCCGCAAACAUUCAAGAACUCUGACGGCCAGGUCAUGACGUCUCUCACAUCCAACUACCUCUGUCUACAAUGCUCCGCCAUUGUCAAUGAGGAUGAUCGUCUCAAGCACGGCACAAAGAAGCAGCAUCGCUUCUAUGUCGACUCAAGGAGUGGUGCCCUCUACUGCCAGAUCUGUGAUGACCUAGUUUGGGACCCCACUCUCGAGGAGCUUCGAGUUCGUAAGAUGGGAACAGGAACUUUUUCCAACCGCAAGAGAAAGCACGAUGAGAUGUUCUCAGAUGGCGUAAAGGACAGUUCUGCAAGCAACCCAGGCUUUAUAUCCAACAACACCACCACUGCCUCUUGUAAAGCCAAUGGUCUGCGCGGAAUCUACAAUGCCGGAGCAACAUGUUACCAGAAUGUGGUGCUGCAGAGCUUCCUCCACAACCCCCUCCUGCGCAACUUUUAUCUCAGCGACGGCCAUCAGAGCACCGAUUGCCAGCUGACAAACUGCCUCAGCUGUGCCAUGGACGACAUGUUCCAGGACUUCUAUGCUGUUGAGAAUACUAAUGGAUUCACGGCGGCUAGUAUUCUGUCUGGAUUCUGGAUCUCGGAGAAGAAGGCGUUUGAGAACCUCGUCACCACCAAGGAGCAGGAUGCCCAUGAGUUCUUUCAAUUCCUCGCCGAGGAGCUGCAUGAGCGCAAUGGAGAUGGCAAGCGUCCUGAGACUGGAAGCGAGCAUACAUGUAAUUGCAUCAUCCACCAGACAUUCUACGGCAAGCUCCAGACUGGCACUACUUGCCAGAACUGCGGAGGCGUCACCAACGCGGUUCAAUCCUUCCUGGACCUCAGUCUUGGACUGGAGAACCUCUCUCACAGGAGAAAGAAGGGAGGCCAGAAGAUGCCCAGCCUGACUCUGCAGGAGUGCUUGGAUGAGGAAUACGUCAAGUCAGACAAGUGCGAGUAUCGGUGCCACAACUGCAGCUCGAUGCAGCAGGCCAAGAGAGCCACCAGCAUUAAGCGGCUGCCAAAUGUGCUCGCGAUACAGCUCAAGCGAUUUGAGUACAAGCAGGGCCGCCAUGACCGCGCAUCAAAGAUCGAGACGGUGGUUAACUUCCCCCUUCAGCUCAACAUGCUGCCAUAUACUACCAGAGGUAGAGGCGCGGACUCCAAGGAUGCCUUUGACCUCGGAAGAUCUUGCACGUACGACCUCCUUAGUGUGGUGGUCCACGUGGGCGAGAUCGACACGGGCCAUUAUGUAUCCUACUGCCGAGUAGGCGACCAGUGGUUCAAGUUCAACGACCACAAGGUUGAAAUGGCGUCAAAGUCAGACGUCAUGAGUGCUCAACCCUAUCUGCUCUUCUACAUUAUUCGUUCACUCUCGUAA